AUGUUCCUCGAUCUGAUGAGUCGGUCGCGAGAUUCCGAUGCAAUCAAAUUGUAUCACCUGGACAAAGCCCUCGUUGGUUCGGCCGCCGGUUUCAUCGACGCGAAGACGAUCAACGACAACAACUACGAGCACGCUUGGAACCUGCUUGAGGAGCAAUUCGGGAACAAGCGGAUCAUCGUGGACACUCACAUUCGUGGCCUCCUCAACUUGAAGCAGAUGUCGCAUGAGUCGCACAAGGAGCUGCGAGAGCUUUUGGGCGAGUGCACCCGGCACGUCGCGAACCUUGAGUUCCACGGACAGGAGCUGACCGGAGUGUCCGAGUUGGUAGUGGUAAAUCUGCUGUCGGCGGCACUGGACAAAGAUACGCGCAAGAACUGGGAGUCAACGCUGGCUCACGGUGAGUUGCCAAACUACGAGGACACCGUGGCCUACCUCAAGGCGCAGUGCAACGUUUUGGAGCGGUGCGAGGCCGCAAAUGGAUCGUCAAAGAGUGCACAACCUGCCGUGUCACCAAAGAUCACGGCGUACAAGUCUCAUGCGGCAACGGCGCCAGAGAAUCCUUCGACACAAUGCGACUUCUGUGCUGGCGUACACAUCAACUUCAGCUGCCCAGACUUUGUCAAGCUAAGCACCAAUGAGAGAACCGAGAAGGUAAAGUCGCACAGGCUGUGCUUCAACUGCAUACAGAAGGGACACAGCGCAAAGGAAUGCAGGUCGAAGAACUCCUGCAGAAAGUGUGAGAAGCGCCACCACACGUUGUUGCACUUCGAAAGCGCCCAGCCGGCCAGAUCGUCGCACGUCCAGUCGGAGUCCAAGCCCGAGGAGUCGAAGCCGAACGAAAUACCGGAGCCCGAGUCAGUAGCAGUGGAGCAGCCAGCAAGUGGCUCGUCCGCAACGUCGUGUGUGUGCAACCAGCCUCGUGUCGACUCCCAGGUGUUUCUGAUGACAGCCAUCGCGCAGGUGGUGGAUAUCAGCGGCGCAAAGCAUCAGUGUCGCAUCCUCCUGGACUGCGCCUCGCAGUUGUCGGUGUAA